AUGCAAGCUCCUGUAGUGUUUAUGAAUACGUCGCAAGAGCGCACGACAGGCCGCGAAGCUCAAAUCUCCAACAUCACCGCAGCGAAAGCCGUUGCAGAUGUGAUCCGCACUUGUUUGGGCCCUAAGGCAAUGCUUAAGAUGCUUUUAGAUCCAAUGGGAGGUCUGGUUUUGACAAAUGAUGGGCACGCAAUUCUAAGGGAAAUUGAUGUGGCACACCCUGCUGCAAAAUCCAUGCUGGAAUUGUCGCGUACACAGGAUGAAGAAGUAGGAGAUGGUACCACUACAGUGAUUAUUCUAGCCGGUGAAAUCCUGGCACAAUGCGCUCCAUACAUUAUUGAAAAAAAUAUCCACCCAGUGGUUAUUAUUCAGGCUUUGAAAUUGGCUUUGAGCGAUGCUCUUGCUGAGGUGGAAAGAGUAUCCAGACCAGUUGACGUGGAAAAUACUUCUGCAUUGAUGAAACUAGUGGCGGCUGCCAUUGGAACCAAAUAUGUGGCUCAAUGGAGUGACCUCAUGUGCCAACUGGCCGUUGACGCAGUUCGUUCUGUACGCGUGGGAACUCCAGGUGACGCUACCGCUCCUGUGGAGAUCGAUACCAAGCGAUACGUGCGUAUUGAAAAAGUCCCAGGUGGAGAUGUUAGCGAAUCCCGCGUUUUAAAAGGUGUUAUGCUCAAUAAGGACGUGGUUCAUCCAAAAAUGGCAAGAUAUAUCGAAAAUCCACGCGUGGUACUGCUGGACUGCCCUCUGGAGUACAAGAAGGGUGAAUCUCAAACAAAUAUCGAAAUCACUCGCGAGGAAGACUGGAACCGUAUUCUACAGAUCGAGGAAGAGCAGGUACGUCUAUUAUGCGAACAAAUUCUAUCUGUCAACCCAACGGUGGUGAUUACUGAAAAGGGUGUUUCGGAUCUUGCUCAACACUAUUUGCUGAAAGGUGGCUGCAGCGUCUUGAGACGUACCAAAAAAUCUGACAACAACCGUAUCGCUCGUGUAACAGGUGCUACAAUUGUAAACAGAGUCGAAGAUAUUAAGGAAUCCGACGUGGGUACGCAAUGUGGUACUUUCAAAGUGGAGCUGAUCGGUGACGAGUACUUCACUUUCUUAGACAACUGCAAAGACCCAAAGGCGUGUACCAUAAUCUUACGUGGUGCUUCUAAAGAUAUUCUUAACGAGAUCGAAAGAAAUCUUCACGAUGCUAUGGCUGUGGCACGUAACGUCAUGCUUUCGCCCUCGCUAUCGCCGGGAGGUGGUGCCACUGAAAUGGCUGUGUCUGUAAAAUUGGCCGAAAAGGCCAAACAACUCGAAGGUAUUCAACAGUGGCCAUACCAGGCUGUCGCAGACGCGAUGGAGUGUAUCCCACGUACAUUGAUUCAAAAUGCAGGUGGAAACCCAAUAAGAAUUCUUUCACAGCUCAGAUCCAAACAUGCUCAAGGCAACUCAACCGCCGGUAUUGACGGUGAUACAGGUAAAGUUACUGACAUGGUUGAGUAUGGCGUUUGGGAACCAGAGGUCAUCAAACAACAGAGUAUCAAGACCGCUAUUGAAAGUGCAUGUCUUCUGCUGAGAGUUGACGACAUUGUAAGCGGUGUAAGAAAGCAGGAGUGA